GUCGCCUCAGUCGCAUGUCUGGUGUUCUGCACCUGGUCACUCAGGGGAAAAAAGCAUUCGAGACACGGGGGUGGGCUCUGCACCCGCCGCGGACGCAGAAAGGUCGGCUCUAACACCUCCCCCGCCUGCUGCAGCCCUUCGCCAGGUACGGACUGGGGUCUCAGCCACACGGAACCAGCCGUGGGUUUCGCUCUCCGAGACCCCUCGCCGAGUCCGGCCGCGGGCUGGCGGCGGCAGAUCCGCGGCCGGGCGCCAGCGCCUGGCUCCCGUCGGAGCGGCAGUAGGCCGGAACCCUCCGCACGGGCCCGGUUUCCGCGCGGGCGGUGUAGCGGCACAGGCCCCGCCAUGGCGGCGGAGGGAGAGGACCCCCUGGGCUAUUUCGCGGCCUACGGCAGCUCCAGCUCCGACUCGGAGGCUGAUGAGCCCCAGCCCGACGAAUGCGAGGCAGGAGACGGCGCGGCGGCGGGGGACAGCCCGGGACAGCGGCCGCGGCUACCGCCGCCCGACGAGCUCUUCCGGAGGGUGUCGCAGCCGCCCGCCUUUCUCUACAACCCGCUCAACAAGCAGAUCGACUGGGAGAGCCGCGUCGUGCGGGCGCCCGAGGAGCCCCCCAAGGAGUUCAAGGUGUGGAAAAGCAACGCUGUGCCCCCACCGGAGACUUACAGCCCGCCCGAGAAGAAGCCGCCGCCGCCGCCGCCUGCCCUGGACAUGGCCAUAAAGUGGUCCAACAUCUACGAGGACAACGGUGCCGACGCGCCGCGGCAGGCCAGCAAAGCCCGGUUUCUGCCGGACGAGGAGCAGGAGCACGUAGAAUCGGAUGAUGAAAAAGAUGAUGAACCAGCUUCUGCUAAGAAACGUAAACUAGACUCUGGGGAGCAGACAAAGAAGAAGAAGGUAUAAGUAUGGCAUGCUGGAUUUAGCCAUAGCGAGAAUUUCUGUGAGCUUGGAUUCCUCUGCUGGAAUGGGAUGUUUACUGAAUUUCUCUCUCCUUUUGGUUAGGGAAUUUUAUUUCUGUAGUAUGCUUGCCUUUUGGAAAGCACAAAAUUAAAUGGACAGUAUGGUGAUAGAAACUGAACAAAAUUUAAACCUGUUUAUUUAAAAGAGGGAUCCAUUUGUGCUCAUGCAAGUUACAGGGCUUCGUGGUAUUUUGCUUAUCAGGAAACCUGGUAACGUGAGCUUUUCUGGACAGACUCUUCCAUUAUGUCAAAACCUUUUAUAAAGGAGUAUGUACUAAAGAUUCUUUAAGUACUGUCCUGUGAUAUGUUUGCAUAAUGUUAUUUUGAAAUGUGUGUAAAGACUGCAGAUGGGUUACUGGAAUAAAACUACAUUUAAAAACAUCUUUGAUAUAAA